UCAUCAUAUCUACAAAAGUCAUGUAAAGUCAUUAGUCCAAAUGCGCAGGAGCUCUGAGAAUAUGAGAGAUGGUGAUAAAACAAUGAGUGUGUUUUAUACUGUUCUAAGUGUCUCAUUUACUAAGUACUGAAAAUAUUCAGCACAGUAAAACUAUGUAACUUUACACAUUGAUUUUACCCCACAGCAGAUAACUUUAAAACAAAUUGCAGUAUACAUCCCUGUUCAUUUUAUGUAUCUGCUGCAUUUAGUCUAAUACACAAUUUGGAGUGGAAACUGGGUCGAGGCAGACUAUAAUUUCUUACAAGUUGAUUUCAGGAUUUGUAAACCAACAGGAGCCUUAAUCUGUGACAACCUCUUCAUGUUCAUCAGGUGUGUUCGGUGCAGAAACAAAUGAAAUACAGUCAUUGUCAGUGAUGGAGGGAGAUUCUGUCACUUUAAAAACUAAUGUUGCAGAAUUACAUGGAGAUGACGACAUAACAUGGAAAUUUGGAGCUGAAAAGUCUCUCAUAGUUAAAAUCAGCACUGAGAAACGAAUCUGCACAUUUAAUGAUACUGAUGGGAGAUUCGGAGACAGACUGAAGCUGGACAAUCAAACUGGAUCUCUGACCAUCACAAACAUCAGAACUCAACAUGCUGGACUCUAUGAACAGCAGAAAAGGGGAGCAAAACUGUCAUCAAAGACAUUCAGUGUUUCUGUUUAUCCUCAUCUGCCUGUUGCUAACGUUACCAGAAACUGUUCUUCAUCAUCACAGCAGAAUUGUUCAUUGGUGUGUUCAGUGGUGAAUGUGGGUCAUGUGACUCUCUCCUGGUACAAAGGAAACAGUUUAUUGUCCAGCAUCAGUGUGUCUGAUCUCAGCAUCAGUCUCUCUCUACCUCUGGAGGUGGAAUAUCAGGAUAACAACACCUACAGCUGUGUGCUCAACAAUCCCAUCAGCAACCAGACCAGACACCUGGACAUCAGUCAACUCUGUCACACAUGUGCAGGUACAGCAGCAUGUUUAUUAACUCACCUGAUAUUUUCUUGUAGGUCAGACUGACACAUUCACUUCUCUAUGAUUAAAGCAUUGGAUGGACACAUUACUUCACAAACAGUCUUUCUGAUAGUGCUGGUUUCUGCUCCUGCUGGAUCUCUGUUGAUUGUAGCUGCAGCCGGGAUCUUCUGCAUCUGCAGGAAACACAAAAAACCUGAUAAAGAAGUUCAGACUCGUACAGAAGAGAUCACUUACUCUGCUGUGGCGUUCCACAAAAGAAACACAC